GGCGGGGGCGGGGCAGCAGCUAGCCGUCGGGAUCGGGCGGCGCGGCGCGGCGCGGGCGCAGGACGUGGAGGAGGCCCGGCUGGCGGAGGCGCAGGCAGGCCGGUGUGGCACGUGUUUCCUCCACUUUCAACUAAUGAAGAAUGGGGGAAAUAGAAGGAACAUACAGAGCUUUACCGACUUCAGGAACACGUCUGGGCGGCCAGACUUCUGUCGGAGUGAGCACCCUGGAGCCGGAGCAGACUCUGUCACCCAGGAUGCAGGAGAAGCACCUGCACAUCAGAGUGAAGCUGCUGGAUGGCACUGUGGAAGUAUUUGACAUUGAGCCUAAGUGUGAUGGACAGGUCUUACUGACUCAAGUGUGGAAGCAUUUGAACCUGAUUGAAUGUGACUACUUUGGUCUGGAGUUUAAGAAUGUCCAGUCCUACUGGAUUUGGCUUGAACCCAUGAAGCCCAUCAUUAGGCAAGUACGAAGACCAAAAAAUGCUGUUCUUCGUCUGGCAGUGAAAUUUUUCCCUCCGGAUCCUGGUCAGUUGCAGGAAGAGUACACAAGGUACCUGUUUGCCUUGCAACUCAAGAGAGACCUCCUGGAGGAGCGCUUGACCUGCGCUGCCACGACGGCAGCCCUUCUCACGUCCCACCUUCUGCAGGCGGAGAUAGGAGAUUAUGAUGAAACCCUGGAUCGAGAACACCUCAAAGCCAAUGAGUACUUGCCCAACCAGGAGCAGUCCCUGGAAAAGAUCCUAGACUUCCAUCAAAGGCACAUGGGUCAGACACCUGCAGAGUCAGAUUUCCAGGUGCUGGAGAUUGCAAGGAAAUUGGAAAUGUAUGGCAUCAGGUUUCACAUGGCUUCUGAUCGAGAAGGAACCAAGAUUAAUCUUGCAGUUUCUCACAUGGGUGUCCUCGUGUUCCAGGGAAUCACCAAAAUCAACACUUUCAAUUGGUCCAAGGUCAGGAAACUAAGCUUCAAGAGGAAAAGGUUUCUUAUCAAACUGCACCCAGAGGUUCACGGACCCUACCAGGACACAUUAGAGUUCUUGCUGGGCAGCAGAGAUGAAUGUAAGAACUUCUGGAAGAUAUGUGUGGAGUACCACACAUUUUUUAGGCUUUCUGACCAGCCUAAGCCAAAGGCAAAAGCUGUCUUCUUCAGCCGGGGCUCAUCCUUCAGAUACAGUGGAAGAACUCAGAAACAACUAGUAGAUUAUGUCAAAGAUGGUGGGAUGAAGAGAAUUCCAUACGAAAGACGGCACAGUAAGACUCGGGCAUCUCUUCGUGCUCUGACUGUAGAUCUGCCUAAACAGAGCAUCUCAUUCACCGAUGGCCUGAGAACUUCUGCCUCCCUGUCUUCAGCAAAUGCCUCCUUUUAUGCACUCCCUGCUUCCUCUUUGUCCCCUCCCGGUAUGCCCAGUUUGAAGCACAGCAGCAGUUCCCUUGUGGAUCCCCAGGCUCCCUCCAUCAAGAGCACAGCAGCAGAGAGGAGCAGCAGAGCUUCAUCAGAAGGCCCCAGCGCGCUACCGGCCCAUCUCCCUGGACCCCCUGUGCUCCAGCCUGGUCCAGGCUUUUCUGUGGAUAGUCCUCAGCCUUCUCUCUGCAGCCAGAAGCGCCAGCUGAGCCUGAGCCCUGAGCCUCAGGCCUCUCUGGGCACAGCUGAGCAGGGCCCGUCCCCUGUCCUAAGCCCUGUCCUCAGUACGGCCAGGAUGGACAACCAGGAAGAGCAGAAACACAAGCAUAUGCCGGAAGACGAGGCCUAUUUCAUAGCCAAGGAGAUUCUCGCUACAGAACGAACCUAUCUGAAGGAUUUAGAAGUUAUUACUGUGUGGUUCCGAAGUAUGGUGGUCAAGGAGGAUGCCAUGCCUGCCGCCCUGAUGACCCUGCUGUUCUCCAACAUUGACCCAGUCUACGAGUUCCACAGAGGUUUCCUGAAUGAGGUGGAGCAGAGGCUGGCGCUCUGGGAAUCGCCCUCCAGUGCCCAAUUAAAGGGUGAUCAUCAACGAAUUGGGGACAUCCUCCUCAGGAACAUGCUUCAGCUAAAGGCGUUUACUAGCUACUUCCAAAGACACGACGAGGUCCUCACCGAACUGGAAAAGGCCACAAAACACUGUAAAAAGCUGGAGGCUGUCUACAAAGAGUUUGAGCUCCAGAAGGUCUGCUACUUGCCUCUCAACACGUUCCUGCUGAAGCCGGUCCAGAGGCUCGUACACUACCGCCUGCUGCUAAGCCGCCUGUGUGCUCACUACUCCCCUGGGCACCGUGACUAUGCCGACUGCCAUGAGGCUCUGAAGGCCAUCACGGAAGUGACCACCAGGCUCCAGCACAGCCUUACCCGGCUAGAAAACCUGCAGAAGCUGACAGAGCUCCAGCGGGACCUGGUCGGUGUAGACAACCUCAUAGCUCCUGGGAGGGAGUUCAUCCGGGAGGGCUGUCUUCACAAGCUCACCAAGAAGGGCCUGCAGCAGAGGAUGUUUUUCCUGUUCUCAGAUAUGUUGCUGUAUACAAGCAAAAGUGUCACAGGAACCAGUCAUUUCCGGAUCCGUGGCUUCCUUCCUCUUCGUGGCAUGCUGGUGGAAGAAAGCGAGAACGAAUGGUCUGUUCCUCACUGUUUCACCAUCUACGCAGCUCAGAAAACAAUUGUGGUAGCGGCCAGCACUCGGCUAGAAAAGGAAAAGUGGAUGCAGGAUCUGAAUGCAGCCAUCCAGGCAGCCAAGAGUACUGGUGACAUGUCCCCGGUGCUGCUGGGAGGGCCACUGUGUCCUCGAACCCCCAGAUCGUCUGAUGAGGUCUCUCUGGAGGAAUCGGAAGAUGUUGGAGGAACCCAGGGCUCCCUGGAAGGGAGCAGCCAGCACCGGGCCAACACCACGAUGCAUGUGUGCUGGUACCGCAACACAAGUGUGUCCAGAGCCGACCACAGUGCAGCCGUUGAGAACCAGCUCUCAGGAUAUCUGCUGAGAAAGUUCAAGAACAGCAAUGGCUGGCAGAAGCUUUGGGUGGUCUUCACCAAUUUCUGCUUGUUCUUCUAUAAAACUCAUCAGGAUGACUACCCCCUGGCCAGCCUCCCACUAUUGGGUUACACUGUGAGCCUCCCCAGGGAGGCUGACAGCAUCCACAAAGACUACGUCUUCAAGCUGCAGUUCAAAUCUCACAUCUACUUCUUCAGGGCUGAGAGCAAGUACACAUUUCAAAGGUGGAUGGAAGUCAUUGAAAGGGCCAGCAGCUCACCGGAGAGACCCCCAAGUUUCACCCAGGACUGCUCCCAUCUCUCUCCAGGGCUGGAGGCAGAAGUCAGAGAGAAGGAGGAAUGUCCUUCAGCCUGCAUGGACAAGAACCUAUGACCGAGGCUUGCAGGGAGUGUAGGUAUCAUUCCCAGAGCUGAGCAAAUACAGCCAGCCGUCUGCCCACCACAUGAUGGGAGGCCCUGGCGACCUCUGGGAGGGGCUCUGUCCUGCCCCAAACUCCAGUGAAGAAGGCUUAUGACCACUGGGGCACAUGCCUGAGAUCCAGGAAAAGGAAAUGAGGGUUCCUCAGUUUGUUCUGAGCGUAGCCUGGCUGAGGACUGGCCCAGACAUCCACUUCUACCUGUAGCACCAAUAGCCAAAUUCACAUUGCCUUAGACA